CAGAAGGCGACAGUGAUGUAAGACAUUCUCCAGGGUUAGUGCGAGUGUUUCAAACAGCUUCAGAGACUGCAGCCAUUUCUUCUACAUGCAGACACCACCUGCAGGAAUAAAGGGGACGACUCUGAAGAGGAUCUGCCAGAAGUAUGCAGACAAACUGCGCUUUGCCACGCUGUAUGACAGCAGUCACCGCCUUCCCGUCUUCUCAGCCUAUAUCUUUAAGAAGUCUGAUGGGAAGAAAAGGAUGGACACACCAUGGAUGUAUGAGCCACAGCUGGUUUCUGAUGCUGAAAGUGGCAACAUGAGAGCCCUUCCCCUGACUGACGACACCCCUCCUCUGAUUGGAGACAGUCAGGCUGUGCUUGAGGACUACACGGAUGCUGUAGAGUAUAGACGUUGCCCCCUGAAUCCUGACCUGCACCAAUCAGAGCCAAAUGACAAAUCCUCCACGUAUACUCUGACCAAUGUAGUCCCAUUAUUCACCACCUUUUUAGAUACUACCUGGAACCCAUAUAUGGACAUCAUCCGGCGUCGCCUCAACAACUUUUGCCACAGCAAAUCUUUCAUGGUGACUGGGGUCACCGUCUCUGGAGCAAUGAUCAAACGAGGAAACAGGGACCAUCUCGCAAUCCCAAAAUACUUAUGGUUGGCUUACUGCUGCCCGAGGUUUGACCGUAACUCUCCAUAUGAGGUGAGGUUCAUGUUCCCUAGUUAUGGAGGCUAUGCGCUAAAUGAAUAUACGGACCAAAAAGUGAUUGAAGUCCCUCUGAAUACUUUGGAAACUUUCCUGAAGAGUCAGAUGGACCCAGACGGUGACCUGACAAUUUUCUACAAGGGCUGUGUGUCAGAAAACACCUUUAAGAAGAAGAGAGAUCUGACCAGUGGAUCUUAAUGAACAGUCACCAGCGGUGGACUAAGUCCACGUCUUCAUGACUUCAG